AUGAAUCGCGGACUCUACAAGUUCUGCUGCUGUCUUUGUCGCGCCUUCAACUGCUGUUGGAUGUACACGGACAAGGACUUCCCCCCUGUGGAAGAGUCCCUGGGCGACGUGAAAGGCGACACCGCGGGCGACGAAGGACGCAAGUUUGCCGGGAAGGUCACAUGGGUCAGGGGAGGCAAGUUCCCAGUCCCGAAGGACGAGAAGGGACGUCAGCGCCGCAUGCAGCUGUUUAGCGCAGAGAUCGACAGCCGCGACAUUUGCCAAGGAGCGUUAGGAGACUGCUGGCUGCUGGCAGCCAUUGCCUGCUUGGCGGAGCAUGACGGUGCUAUCCAAGCCGUGUUCAGGACUAAAGAGGUGAACCCCCGUGGCAAGUACGUCUUGCGACUCUACGAUGGCACCUCCGAGGGCCUUUUGACCCCUCCGCCAGGCGUUUCGUUCAGGCUAGAAGAUUCAGGGGAACCAGCUGCAGUAGAUCUGCUACAGAACGACGCUUUCCCUGAGGAUAUUCCGGGGAAGACGCACACCAAGUUGAACAUCACACUCUACCGAUGGCUGUGGUGGCCGGCCAUUCUGUACCUCUUUUGGAGCAUGGCGCAUGUUUGUGAUAUCCACUUCGUGCGCACCAUUGAGGUAAUUUGCGAGCGCUUCCACAUCCCUGAUGAUGUGGCGGGCGCGACGCUGAUGGCCCUAGGAUGCAACGGCCCUGAGCUGGCACUGAACAUGAUCAACAUCUGGCAGCCCAGCAGCAUCGGCGUUGGUGCGGUGGUGGGCGGCGAGGUCUUCAACGUGCUGGUGAUCAUCGGUACAGCGGUGCUGGCCACGCCGGACGAAUACAUGCCGCUGAAGCUCAGCAAAUUGUCCUUCUCAAGGGACAUCUUUUUCUACAUGGCCUCAGUCCUGCUACUUUUCGUGGCCCUGCGUGAUGGUACCGUGACCCGGGAGGACGCACUGAUGCUGCUCUUCGGGGGCUUUUGCUACAUCAUGGCAGUGAUCUAUCUCCGAAGGGUCACCAACUGGAUGUUUUCAUCCAAUGGCUCUGCGGUUCAACCCUUGGUGGAUCGCCAAUGUUCAGCGGUGAAUUUGGAGCACUGGGACCGUGCGCGGCAAGGCACCGAUCCACUGCGUGGCUCCAUCCUUCGGAUCCGCGCCGACAUGCGCAGUCGAUUGGCGGACCGGAAUCAUCAGUUUGAGGAUCGAUUUGCGUUUCUCCUAGGCGAGUCGGAGUCCUUCGUCAUCAGCGCUGUGGCGGAUCCUACCCUGGCAGGGGAGGCGCAGUGCGAUGUGGACAUGGUCUACGACCGUUGUGAGCAAGAGAACCAUUGGCACCGCGCCGGCCUGGUGAAGCGCCCCAAGACCUUGGAGGACGCGCAGCGCAGGCAGCUGCUGCCGAAGACGCUGCCAGGGCUGGCGGAGCUGGGUCUGUUUCGCAGUGGGCCCUGGGAGAUUAUCCCCCUACAGGACAUUCUCUUCUGUGAACUGAGCCACCAGGGCUUCUUCCUCCACGUGGCUGGUCCCUUGGGCAACGAGGUGACCCUGGAGCUACUCCCCGACGGUGAGAGCGACAACCGAAGUCCCACUGUGAAGUCAAUGAAGUCGGAUGCCUGUGUGCAGGCCUGGUACCACAGCUUCCGCGACCGCCUCAAAACGUCGAGGCGGAAAUCAACGGAGCGGCCCAAGGGACGUAAGAUUCGGAACUUUGUGAUGGAGUGGAUCAGCUGGUUACAAUUUCCAGUGAAGUCCCUGGCAGGAGCAACCAUUCCAGACAUGGACUGCCCUGACACUCAGCACUGGUAUCCCGUGGCUUUCCUGAUGAGCAUGUUGUGGUUAGGCAUCCUAUCCUCCCUGGUGGUGAACGCUUGCGACGGCAUCCACCGUGACUUCGACAUCCCGAACAACGUCUUGGGUUUCACUGUGGCGGCGGCCGGGACCUCGUUUCCCAACGUCUUCAGCGGCAUGUGCGUGGCACGGCAGGGGAAGGCUGGUAUGGCCGUGGCCAAUGCACUGGGCGCCAACGUGCAAAACGUCUUUCUGGCCCUGGCCAUUCCCUGGACGAUCCAAGCAAUCUUCCUGGAGCCGACGGGAGAAUUCCCCUUGGUCAUCAACGGCUUUGAGCCGGCCAUUGUGGAGAUCUUCGUGACGCUACUGCCGCUGGUGUUGAUCUAUUUUUGCUGCAGCUCUUUACCCAAGUGGUCCGGGGCACUUUUCUUGGUCACUUACGUGGUCUACUUGGUGUGCGCCCUGAAGCAAGAGAGCACUCAGUGCGCCUUGUGGCCUGAGAAAUGGGAGAUCAUCAUCAUCGACGAUUUCAUCCCUUGCAACAAGGCGAACUACGACCACGAUGGCUCGGUAAGGCCCUUCUUCUCGAAGCCGAAGAACAACGAGCUCUACGUGAUGCUCCUUGAGAAGGCCUUCGCCAAGUUCUGCGGGGGUUACUCCGCCCUGGAGGGCGGAAAUACCACCUGGGCCAUCAGGGCCAUGACGGGGGAUCCUGCGCGGUCCUUCAAGCAAAACAAGAGCGGUGACCAAGUGAAAUGGAAUCGCCAGGAUCUGAAAAACAUUGACGAUCCAAAGGACAAGCGCAAGUGUGGCUUGUACCACACCGACGAGCACAUUGACUGCGACACGAUGUUUGAGAUGAUGCGAAAGUACCACCGCUUGGGUAGUGUCCUCAGUGCCUCCGGCGCCAGCGGCAAAGAUGGCCUGGUAACGGGGCACGCCUACAGCAUCCUCAAUGUUCGCAAGGUGAACGACGGCUUCAUGGGCAUCGGCGGGAAGGACUACAAGAUGAUCCAGAUCCGAAACCCUUGGGGUCGAGGUGAAUGGAAGGGCGACUGGAGCGACAAGAGCGAGCUCUGGAGCAAACAUCCCGCGGUUAAGAAGGCGCUGGAAUACGAGGACAAGGACGAUGGUGCCUUCUGGAUGUCUUGGGCAGACUUCAUCGAGAACUGGACUUCGAUCGGCGUGGUUGACCGCACGGUGGACAUCAAUGGCAUGCGACUUCACGUGAAGGAUGAUUCUGCUUGUGCGCCGGUCUUCGCGUGCUGCAAGGGCUGUGGCUAUUUCUGGUGUUGUGGUCAAGGCUGCAGGAAGGUCUAUUGCCCCCACCGCAGCUCCUCAAAGACCAUCGAGGUGAAAAAGAGUUGCUGCCUCAUUCUCUGA